AUGCUCAACAUCAAGAACAUCGCCGCUGUGACGGCAGUACUGUUGAUCAGUAUCGAUGCUGCAGUCGCUCAGGCUGUAGGCUACAGCACAGGAGGAGAUAAAAGCAUCGACGUGAAGUUCCGCGCUCAUGGCAAAAAAUUCUUUGGUUGUGCAUCUGAUCAGUCGCGUUUGACUGUGGGGAGUACCGGCGAUAUUAUCAAGGCGAAUUUUGGGCAGUUGACGCCGGAGAAUAGUAUGAAGUGGGAUAGUCUUCAAGGUACUCAGGGCCAAUUCGACACGGCAGGCGCCGAUUUUCUAGUUGACUGGGCUGUGGCGAAUAAGAAGCUGGUUCGCGGACAUGCUUUGGUAUGGCAUAUUCAACUCCCUGAGUGGGUAAGCGAUAUGAACGACGCCAAAACGCUCACGACAGUGCUGCAAACACACAUCUCGACGGUUGUGGGCAGAUGGGCGGGGAAGAUUUAUGCUUGGGAUGUGGCCAACGAAAUUUUUAAUGAAGAUGGAACCGUGCGUACAACUACCGUGUGGGGUAAGGUUCUCGGCGACAAUCUAAUGCCUAUCGCUUUCGAGGCCGCCAAAGCUGCCGAUCCAAAUGCAAAGCUCUACAUCAACGACUAUAAUAUGGACAAAUCUGACAGCCCUAAGGCAAUCGCCUUGGCCGCCCGCGUCAAGGAAUGGCUGGCAGCCGGCAUCCCGAUCGACGGCAUCGGCACUCAGGCCCAUCUCUCUGCAGGCACGGGCUCGCAAGUUGCUGGUGCAUUGCAGGUCCUUGCUAGCUCGGGCGUUUCGGAGAUUUCCAUUACGGAGUUGGAUAUAAUCGGGGCUGCUCCUGAUGACUAUGUUGCCGUCACUCAAGCCUGCCUUGAUGAACCUAAAUGCGUCGGUAUCACUGUCUGGGGUGUUCGAGACACGGAUUCUUGGAGACCGGGGAACACCCCGCUGUUAUUUGAUGAGAAAUGGUUGCCAAAGCCAGCUUACGACGCUAUCCUUGGAAUUCUGUAA